AUGAGGACGACAGCGGCCACCUACAUUCAGAAUUACUACACCUAUCAGAGAACUAAGACACCUCGCGAUCGGGAAUAUAAUUUACUCCAGCCUAUAUCAAAUCCACCUACAUCAACACCAAAAUACGUCCCUCCGCAUCGCCGAUCACCUACAUACCGUGGCGAACCCUACCUUACAUACGACGACCUACAUAGAAGAUACUCACCUCCCAACUCGCCGUCACUCCACAUGCCACGUGUGCAGCGCUCUCUAUCUGCUGAGGACCUUUACCAGCGAUAUCAUAGAACACCGACUGGCAUCUCCGCUCCGCCCCCUUCCCCAUUCCACACCAAUCAAGAGGAGACGCAGGGCCAAAACUCGCCUGGCAUCUCUGCUCCGCCUCCGUCCCCACCACCACCCACUCCACGAGAUUUUGAGGCACUAAGAGCAUAUCGACAUCGACUAAUCUCUCCACAGCCAGUCAGGCAGCCACUUAGCCCAAGGCUACCAGAUCCACCUGUCUUCACCGGCACUAAUUCAAUAUCAUUCGAUGACUGGAAAAUGAGAAUUCAAGACAAGCUUACCCACAAUAGUGAUUAUUUCCUUACUAAUACCUUCAAAAUUACUUACGUUAUAGCGAGACUUAAAGGGAAAGCCAGUUAG